CUGUCUCGCAGUUCACGUUCUCAGCUUCGCGGUGACAGACGUUGCGUUCGACCACGACUACGACCAAUCAUAUAAAGAUUUAAAUAAAUUAUAAUUCCCAUUCCGUGUCGCGUGUGGGUCGUCGUUGUUUUUGUCCAACUAUAAUUCCUAAAUUGUGAUCAAGUGAUAUUUUUAUUCGCAUCCGAGAUGUUGAAAUACGUGUGCCUGGUGAUUGUGGUGCAGACGCUCUGGAUGGUCCAGGCUGAAGCCCCUGCCUAUAUCAAACAAUGCCAGCGCGAUGAUCCCAAGCUGGUGGAGUGCUUCAUGGGUGCCAUUGAGCAUCUGAAGCCCUAUCUGGCCAGUGGAAUUCCCGAGAUCCAGCUGCCCUCUGUGGAGCCCUUCAAGAUGGAUUCCCUGGCCCUGCAGCUGACGGACGGGCCCCAGGGCUACAAGAUCACCCUCAAGAACAUGGAGGCGUUUGGGGCGAGCAACUUCCAGGUAAAGUCGCUCAAGCUGACUGAAAACAACGAGCCCUUCAAGGCGAAGAUCGUGAUGCCCAAGCUGAAGAUCGAGGCCAAGUACACCAGCUCCGGUGUCCUGCUGAUACUGCCCGCCUCAGGCGGCGGCGAUUUCCACGCCAACUUCGAGGGCGUGACUGCCGAUCUCACCGGUAAGACUUCGGUGCGUGCGUCUAAGGGAGCCAACUAUCUGCACAUCGACUCGCUCAGCCUGGUGCUGGAUGUGAAGGAUGUGAAAAUGAGCAUCUCCGGAGCGUUCAACAACAAUCGUAUCCUGUUGGAGGCCACGAAUCUCUUCCUACGGGACAACUCCCAGAUUGUCCUCGAGGCCAUGCAGACCCAGUUGCAGAAGAAGCUGGCAAGCGAAUUCGGCAAACUCGCCAACCAGCUGCUAAAGAACGUUCCCAUCGAGCAGUUCUACGUGAACUAGUCGGAGCCCCGACCCCACGUCCUAGUCUAAGCUCCUACUCUAAGCUUUAUUUAAUUGUAACUUACCCGCUAACGCUAUGAGCCAAGUAUUAAAUUGUACGAGUAUGUGGUGUGAACAUCGUA